CAAAAAUCUUAACUCUAAUCCAUCAAUUCUGUGUAUGAAACUAAAGAACGCUAAAACAAAUAAAAGAUAUUAAGAACCCUAACCCAACCAUUGCCAACAAUUCAAAUAAAUAAAAUCCUAUCUUUUACUCUUCUGUAAGCUCACUCCAAGUGAUAACCUUUCUCUUCCUCUGUGCACUGCACAACUCCAAUCUCACUUUUCCAUUUCUACUUUCCCUUUCAAAUCGAAUCUCCGUUUCCUCAACCUCCUCUACAUAUGCCACUCCUCUCUGAAACCUACGCUUGCAUUCCCACCACUGAGGAAUCCUAAUCUCCGGCAACCCUAAAUCUAAUUCCAUCCUCUUUACCAACAACCAAUCAAUCCUCAUCCUCAACCCUCAAUGACCCUCAUCAAACGCCCUAUGGAGCAGUUGCAUGCAAAUUAAGAUCCAAGCAAAGGGUAAAAAAGGAAAAAAGGGGAAAGUAGAAAUGCACAAAAUUCGAAAUGUGUUGAGUCAUGGCUCAGGGGGUAAAAGAUGUGAAUAAAGUAAAACUGUAAAAAGAAACGAGCACGUAGAGGAUUACGGAUUCCACCACCUUCAAAAACUAGCCUGAUUUUCAAUCAGGCCGGCGCCAAAAAUACUCUUGUUAACCCAACCACCGUGCACAAUCGUCGUCUUCCAACUAAUUGAUCGACGAGAGACAAUCGAAAUGAGUGGAGCUCGAUUGUGCUCCUUACUGGCUGAAUUGGGAUACGAAGGUGCAGAGACAUUGGACCCUGACAGCUUCGAGUGGCCCUUCCAAUACGACGACGCACGCCCCAUCCUCGACUGGAUCUGCUCCAGCCUUCGCCCCUCCAACGUCCUCACUCUCUCCGAGCUCUCCCAGUAUGAGCAGUUUCUGCAAGAAGGGAGGCUACUGGAGGGGGAAGAUUUAGACUUUGCUUAUGAUAGCAUUUCAGCCUUUUCUUCCGGCAGAGACAAUCAGGAAGCAGUUUUUGGAGCUGAAGAAAGUUUAAAAGAUAUACGGGAUGCAACUCUGGCAUAUAAAGGUGAAGCUUUAGAAUUGCAGAGACAGCUUAGGCACCUGCAGUCGCAAUUUGAUAUGCUCACUGGCCAGGCGUCGGCUUUGAUUCAAGGGAGACGGGCUCGAGUUGCUGCAACAUCUACUGUCAAUGGAUACCUUACAUCAAUAGAUGAUAGUCUUUCAGCACGAAAUUUACGGAUGAAUGAAGUUCUUGGAAGGAUCGCAUCUACGGCACAAGAGUUGGCUCACUAUCACUCUGGGGAUGAGGAUGGCAUUUACUUAGCUUACUCUGAUUUUCAUCCGUACUUGCUUGGAGAUUCAUCUUGUAUAAAGGAAAUAAACCAGUGGUUUUCUAAGCAACUGGACACGGGUCCUUUUCGACUUGUUGCUGAGGAGGGCAAAUCAAAGUGUUCGUGGGUGAGUCUUGAUGACAUCUCAAAUAUUUUAGUAAGAGAUUUAGAAAAAUCUCAUCACCAACGUGUAUCUGAGUUGCAAAGGCUUCGAUCCAUAUUUGGAACAAGUGAAAGACAAUGGGUUGAAGCUCAGGUUGAGAAUGCUAAGCAACAAGCUAUUCUCAUGGCACUUAAAUCUCAAAUAACUUCAGAUGAAGCUCACAUUCAUCUUGAUCUUCACACUCUUAGAAGAAAGCAUGCUGAACUGGUGGGGGAACUUUCAAAUCUUCAUCACAAAGAAGAGAAAUUAUUAUCUGAGACCAUUCCAGAUCUUUGUUGGGAGCUGGCUCAACUCCAAGACACGUAUAUUUUGCAAGGCGAUUAUGAUCUGAAGGUCAUGCGACAAGAAUAUUAUAUUAGUCGACAGAAAACGUAUAUAAAUCAUCUAAUCAAUCAGCUAGCAAGGCAUCAGUUCUUAAAAAUAGCUUGUCAGUUGGAAAAAAAGGACAUGCUUGGAGCAUAUUCAUUACUUAAAGUUAUCGAGUCGGAGCUUCAGGGGUACCUGUCAGCAACUAAAGGCAGAGUGGGUCGUUGCCUAGCACUAACUCAAGCUGCAUCUGAUAUACAAGAACAAGGAGCAGUGGAUGAUCAGGAUACUCUUAUGCAUGGUGUUAGAGACCUUCUAAGCAUUCAUUCAAAUGCUCAAGCUGGAUUAUCAACAUACGUAUCAGCUCCAGGCAUUGUACAGCAGAUUUCUGCUCUUCACUCUGACUUGAUGACCCUACAGGCUGAUCUUGAAAAUGCUCUUCCAGAAGACAGAAAUAGAUGCAUUAAUGAACUGUGCACACUUAUUCAGAGUUUACAGCAAUUACUAUUUGCAUCUUCAACAACUGCACAGCCAAUAUUGACACCGCGUCCAUUAAUGGAGGAGCUUGAUGAAAUGGAAAAGAUAAAUGCAAAACUCUCUGCUGCAGUUGAAGAGGUCACCCUCGAACACUGUAAAAAGAAUGAGAUUGUAAAACAUCAUUCCCAGGAGGUUGGACUUCAACGCCGUGUUUUUGUUGACUUCUUCUGCAAUCCUGAACGUUUGAGGAGCCAAGUUAGAGAAUUGACUGCAAGAGUUAGAGCUUUGCAAGUUUCAUAACCCAUUCAUUCACGUAUGCACUCCAAUUCUUUUGCUUCCUUUUUCUCUCCCGACCAACCACAAAGGGGGGGAAUGCACAAAGAGACUACUGAAUCACUGCAUGUAGAGUUGUCAAUCUGGCCCCUGUAAAGGAUAACUGCAUUCCCAUCUUCUGUUGUUUACAAAUGCCAAAAGCUUUUUAUUAGAUAAGGAAAUGGCUAUCAACUUGAUAUGCUAAUGUUAACCUUCUAUUUGAAACCAUUGUUAAGCUGGCUGCAAACGAGCAUGUCUACAUUAUAAAAUGUGCAUGAAGAAAUCUAUGCUUUCCA